AUGUCCACCUCCACACUCAAACGCAAAGGCUCUCCGGGUCUCGAAGAUGAAGCAGGUCGUGAUGCAGCCCCAACAGCAGCAGCAGAUGACCGCGCCGCCCGCUUUGCGGCACUGCGCGCGCGAGCGCAAACAUCGCGCAAAUCCAAUCUCAACGAGACAAAGCACGAGGCAUCGCGUGCAAAAAUCGACCCCAGCGCGCUCAACGCUGUGACACGGAAGAAGGAUAUCGCCACGCACAAAUUACUGAAAGCCGACAUAGAGGCUUCGGGCGGAGAUUUCGAGAGGCAGCGCGCAUGGGACUGGACGGUGGAGGAAAGCGAGAAGUGGGACGAACGGGUGGCAGAGAAGAAGGCAAAGCGGGAAGGGAACAAGUUUGCCAGCUAUGGCGACGAGGCUGGCAAAGUGUAUGAGCGUCAAGUGYGWCAAAAUCUCGAAAAGGAUCCGGAUGGUGCGAGGUUGAGCAGCUAUGAAGCGGAGAAGCGAAGUGCCAUCGACCGUGCUGUCGCUUCGGGUGGAUUGGAGAUUGUGGAGGGUCCGGACGGAGAGCUGAUUGCUGUCGAUCGAGACGGCUCUUUCCUCUCUACUGCCGACUCGGCUACUGCUACAUUUGGGGAGAAGAAGCCCUCGCGGCAGGCUGUGGACCGUCUGGUUGAGGACAUCAAGAAGGCAGAGGAAGUACGGCUGCAAAAGCGGAGAGCACGUGGAAGAGCGGAUGCACUGGAUGACGGCGGCGAUGUAACGUACAUCAACGAGAAGAACAAGCAGUUCAACAUGAAGCUCGCGCGCUUCUACAACAAAUAUACAGCGGACAUCCGGGAGAGCUUUGAAAGAGGCACGGCAAUUUGA